CUUGCACAAGUACUCAAGGUACCUUGGCGGGCAUAUUAGGUACCUCGCAGUGCAUUAGGUAACGCACAGCGCCCCAUAACUCCCCCACGUCGUCGUGCUGGCGUAGAGCUGAGCCUUCACUACCUACAACCUACGACCUACGACACCACAAGACCUCAUCUUUCUCCAAUGCCCUAGGCCGCGGUUCUCGUUAUGGUCUUGUUAACAGACGACCAUCCCUCGGCCGACCUCGAACGAGACCACGCCGCUAGGUUAGCUGCGACCUCUGCUCUGCUCAAUCGCGUAAGAACACUACAAUCCGAACUCGAGCGCUUUGCGGUCCACCUCACCGAGGUAUACGAUGGCUACUUUCAACAGAUGCCUGCCUACAUACAUUCGUCGUUUGCAAGCGAUCUCCGUGCCGAAGCGGACAGCAUCGAGCGGGCCGCUCGUGACCUCGGAUCGACACGCCCCUCGGUGUUGCACAGCAGCCAGUCAUCAAAUGUUCCAUUCCUAGAGCCCGUGUGGGACACGGCAAAACGUUCCCGGGAUAUCGUCAAGUUGCGAUGUGCUGUAUCCAUUGGCCCGUUUAAGAAACCGAUCAUGGCACCAGGGACACGUAUCGUCCGAACCCAGGGCGAAUCGCAGUCCUUCCGGUCGGGCAGUUUCGUGAUUGAUGUGAUUGCCGACGGGGGCCACUCGUGGUACAAAGUCUCUUCAAUGACAAAUAAGAGGCUGCUUUUCGACAUGGCGAAAGAAGCGGUAUACUGCGGAGGUAGCGACGACGAGGAUGAUGGCGACCCCGUUAAUCUAGACUACGCCGAUAUUCCUCUUCUAAAGCUUGCCAGGAAUCUAGCAAAUGCCGCCAAGGGGCAUCGGAUCCAGGCGAAAAGCCCAAAUCCUUUUCUCGUAUUGCCGCGUAUUAAACUUGGUGAGCACCCUGAGAUCGACAUGGUGCUGGGGUCUUGCCGUCGGCUGGGCGUCGGAUUGCUCUGUAGCGAUGACCUGCCACCAGCUCCGCCUCUCUCUGAUGCCGUCCUACAUGCGAUGGCCCCUAGCCCGAAAGCAAACUUCACCGAGGUUUUGAACAUUGAUACCUCCCUUCUAGUUGCUCUUGCGUCGGAUUUCUCUCAUACUACGGUCACGAAGCAGCCCUGGUUUAGCCAUUCGCACAAUGAUCAUGCAGAUCUGGAAAGUGAACAGUCAAUACUCUCGUUAGUUUAUCCCGUGAUAGGUAGCCAUAAGCUCGUCUGCACCAAGGACGCGGCAGAAACAUUCUCUCACAUCGUCGACACGUUGGCAACCGCAUCCGAGAAGGCUCGUGCGCAUCUGAUACUUGGUUCUGAUCCUGGAAAGCCCCAAGACCAACGGGUCAAGGAGCUACAGUUAUUAUCCAUCCACGAAGUUCCAUCCUGCUUUCAGCUACCGAUCAGGAUUGUUGACGCAAAUGAAAACGGCUGCCAGGACCGCUUCACGGCUCCUAUUAAGAAGCUGCUGGAGGCCGUUUUAAACCCCGGGAGGUCAGUGUUUUCGUACGGCUGGGCGAGCGAGCGUACCACCUUAACAUGCAACUCGGUUGUUAUUAAGCAGCUUGAGAAAGACCUCGAGCAGCUUCCAAACCUAGGGGGCCUGCCAUGGCCAUCGAUCUGGGCGUUCCCAACAUCAAGACCACUGGUGGGCGUUCCGAAAGAAGGCACCGUCCGUAGGCGCGUACGGAAGCACAUUGGAGAUUGCAGUGAGAAGUGUACCUGUGGCAUCCAAGAACUCUAUGGCCAUCAGGGAGACAUUACAAUUCUUUAGUUUCGGCAACACCCUAAGAAUUAGGGCGUACACAUUUCAGUAUUCAGAUUGCUGAAGUGAUGACAAAAGGCCGCUGUGAAGUCUCCCCCAUCGCUCAGAUCAGCUUACAGCUUAUAUGCCAUAUUUUCUGGAAACCAAUUCGGUUCUCGCGAGCGUAAAGCACGGCGGGUGAUGGGCGGCCUUCUUCUCAUGACAUCGAUAACUGCCCGAGCCAGACUUACUCCUUAUCCAACUUUGCGGUUAGCUAAACGGUAGUUCCGCCCGCUCGGGGGGUCUUAUCUUAUAAAAGCUCACCAGGCGCCCUUGACCCAUUCACCGGAAGUCCUUUCUCGAAAAUACCCUGUGCCAUCUUCAUGGGCCACUACGCUAAAAUCUCAAUUGCAACCAAGAUGCUCACCGACGGGGCACAUU